AGCAUAUAAUACUAUAACCUUUGGCGGAAUGACUUGCUUUGUUUAUAUUAUUACCAAUGAAUACCAGGUGUGUAGAUACAUCAUGUCAUAUAUGGUAUAUCACGUUGAUAUGCAGUUACCUUAUGAUAGAAUAUGAUAUAUUAAAGCAAUAGCCCCUGAAUGAUCGUAUGUAUUGUUAUUAGACGGGUCAAAUAUAUGUUUCGCUUUAUUUUGUACUUAAUCAAGUUCUUAUUACCAUUGUACUUCUCUAGUUAUGUACAUGGUUUUACUCCCUAUGCUGGCCCAAACUGGCGAGAAUCCAGAGGGUUUAUACCUGCAGUUCCAUUAAAAAACGUUUACAUAACUAGCAACCGUGGUUAUAGUUUAUCUAAUAGCUAUAUACGUAGGAAUCCCCCUCUUUUAUCAUUAGCUGAUUAUGCCAUGGACCGUAAACGUGGACUAGGGCCAAAUUCAUCUAGGCGUUGGGGGAAGCGUUUAGAGAGGGAAAUGAAGCACAGUUACGGCAACGUAGCUGGUAAUGAAGAUGUUGGUGGUUGCAACCCUGAUUACAAGUUUGCUGAAACAUAUUUUGAGGACGAUGAGAUUGGACAAUGGCCUCCCCAGGAAGUAACUACUCAUACUGGCAGUUUGAUCAUUCAUUUAAAAAACAAAAAUGGCGGUCCUUAUGGGUCCUAUAAAUCUCUUCAAGGCGAGUGGCGUCUUGUUAAUAGUCCCAUAUCCCUUAUAUUCGAUCGGAUCCAAAGCGAUCCCUUUGCUCCUCCAUCUAGCAUUAGGUUACGAGUGCCAAAUAGUAUACACAGAUUCCCCGACGAUGUGAUAACUGACAAGUUGCGCAACGUGGCUGCCUGUGAUGCCAUUACUCGGAAAAUUUGCGACGAACUUAAGGUAUUGUCUUCCAAGGCUAAAUAUGGAUCAGACCGCAAGCACUUUCAAAUGAUGAACCCUAGUCAGUACGUCUUACCACGUAAAACCGUGGUACUAACGGAUCGUUAUUUGGAAGCACGUAUGUUCGCACAUAUGCCUGCUAAUGGUAGGCGUAUAAAUGGCACUUUGGCUGUGUACAUGUUUAACGAGAUUCUACCUGCUCUUGUGCGUAAUGCCAUGAAUUAUAGUGCCUAUGAUUCCAAGCAGUUCUAUGAACAUAUCUACUCCGUUGAGGACCAGGAAGCACUACGAGCUCAGUUAGAUGCCUUAGGGCUGGUAGCAUUUGUGGGAAAUGGGUCUAUACUUCCACGUGCCAGCGGUGUCAGUGAGAUGCCGCUGAAGGGCCCGGGGGUACAACCUUUCGAGUCUCCAGCUAGUCUCCAGAUAUCCGUAACGUUACCUAACAAGGGUACGAUAACAGGCCUCGGUUUGAAGCGUGGCGUCAAUUUGAUUGUUGGUGGCGGGUACCAUGGCAAAACAACACUACUUGAGGCGUUACAGGUUGGCUGUUAUAACAAAGUACCUGGUGACGGUCGUGAAUUUGUGGUAACUUCACGUAAUGCAGUUAAAGUUAGGGCUGAAGAUGGACGCAGUGUUGGUUCCAUUGAUAUUUCAACGUUCAUCGGUACAUUGCCAAGUGGGAAGGAUUGCAGUUGUUUCAGCACUACUGAUGCAUCUGGAUCCACCUCACAAGCAGCGGUUAUAAUGGAAUCUAUUGAGAUGGGUGCUGAUUUGUUACUGAUUGACGAGGACAUUUCUGCAACGAACUUUAUGUACAGGGACCAUAUGAUGGAUUCACUUGUAUCUUCUAACUGCGAGCCCAUAACUACAUUUUUGUUAUUAGUACAGGCGUUUUACCAGAAACUAGGUGUCUCCACGAUCUUAGUUUCAGGGGCCUGUGGUUUAUUUAUGGACCAGGCUGACACAGUUAUCCAGAUGAACCAGUAUAAAUGCCUGGAUAAGACAGAAGAGGCUAAAUUAGUAGUAAGUCAACACAAUGUCAAUCUUAAGGAGGCUAUUGAUAAAGCAGUUGAUAACUGUUCACUUUUCAAGACUCUUUCGCUUAAUAACCGUGUUCUAUCAUACACUACUUUUAAGCGUCCAUCGGAGAAAGUACGUCACCAUGGCAUUGGUACCAUUCAAUAUGGCACUGAGAACAUUGACUUGAGUCUUGUCGAGCAGCUUGUGGAGGUUGGCCAGACAAGCGCUAUAACUAACAUACUCAUAUAUUUGGAGCAGUUAUAUCGCGAAAAGCGUGACGCGGUGCAUAACAAGACACUGCGCGAGGUCCUUGAGCUCUUGUACAGCAAAUGGAACAAGGACGGCAGCAGUCCCGGAUAUAACGGACUAGAUGAUAUCAAUGGAUUUAGGCACUACCCAGCGGGAGACUGUUCGAUGCCUCGUAUAUUCGAGGUUGCUGCUGCGCUUAAUCGUAUGCGUUCCCUCAAAGUUGCAGAUUUCAAGCAGCAGCAAUUUACACCUCAACAGUAUUAGAAAUCUGUAGCAUUUGUAUUUGAGAAACAUGAAACAGUUUACAUUACAGCUCAUGGGUUA